AUGAAUAUGGAAUUUAACCCCUCUGAUCAUCCUCGGGCAAGCACAAUAUUCCUCAGCAAAUCCCAAACAGAUGUGAGAGAAAAGCGGAAAAGCCUUUAUAUAAAUCAUCAUCCUCCUGGACAGUUGAGAAGAAAGUACAGCUCUUGUUCUACCAUUUACCUUGAUGACAGCACAGUCAGCCAACCUAACCUCAAGUAUACCAUUAAAUGCGUAGCCCUUGCAAUAUACUACCACAUAAAAAACAGAGAUGGAGAUGGUCGGUUGCUGUUAGAUAUAUUUGAUGAAAAACUUCAUCCUCUUUCUAAAUCAGAAGUCCCGUCUGAUUACGAGAAGCAUGACCCAGAACAGAAACACAUAUAUCGCUUUGUUCGGACGCUUUUCAGUGCUGCCCAGCUGACUGCUGAAUGUGCCAUAGUAACCCUGGUUUACCUUGAAAGACUGUUAACCUACGCAGAAAUAGAUAUUUGUCCAGCCAACUGGAAACGGAUUGUAUUGGGUGCAAUACUUCUAGCCUCUAAAGUUUGGGAUGACCAGGCAGUGUGGAAUGUGGACUAUUGUCAGAUCCUGAAAGACAUCACGGUGGAGGACAUGAAUGAGCUGGAGCGUCAGUUCCUGGAGCUGCUGCAAUUCAACAUCAAUGUUCCGUCCAGUGUUUAUGCCAAGUAUUAUUUUGAUCUGCGGUCACUGGCCGAGGGUAACAACCUCAGCUUUCCACUCGAGCCCCUGAGCCGGGAUCGUGCAUGUAAAUUAGAGGCUAUUUCACGCCUGUGUGAGGACAAGUACAAGGACUUCCGAAAACUGGCCAAAAGACGUUCUGCAAGUGCUGAUAACCUGACUGUUGUACGAUGGUCUCCUGCCAUCAUAUCCUAA